AUGGCUUUGGGUCCUCACUCCACAUCAACAGCUGUCAACACUGAGGACCAGCUGAUGGAGGCUGGGCAAGACAUUCCUCACCCCCACUUCACCAGCUCCUGCCCGCAGCCUGAUUCCCGAGGCAAGGAGGAGCCUCGCCUGUCUUGGCUGGAAAACUCUGGAGUUGGCUUCUCCUUGGAUUAUCCCACCAUAAGUUUGCAUGCAGUCUCCAGGGACCUGACUGCCUACCCGUGGGAGCACUUGUACGUCAUGGUGAACGCCAGGUUCGAAGAAGAGGAGACAAAAGAGGCUCCCAUGGCUGAAGGGGAGGAGAAGGAAGACAGCGACGACGAUGCUGCACCGAUUUCAGAAUUCAGAUUUGUGCCUAGCGACAAAUCAGCCUUGGAAGCCAUGUUUUCGGCGAUGUGUGAAUGCCAGGCUCUGCACCCAGACCCAGAGGAUGAAGAUUCAGACAACGAUUACGAAGGGGACGAGUACGAUGUGGAGGCCCACGAGCUGGAGCAAGGUGACAUCCCGACCUUCUACACGUACGAGGAGGGGUUGUCCCACCUCACUGCAGAAGGCCAGGCCACCCUGGAGCGGCUGGAAGGCAUGUUAGCCCAGUCCAUCAGCAGCCAGUACAACAUGGCUGGAGUCAGGACAGAAGACUCCAUCAGGGAGUUUGAAGACGGGAUGGAGGUGGACAUGGCGCCGGUGGUCGCGGGGCAGUUUGAAGACGCGGAGGUCGAUCACUGA